AGAUGGCUGAGAGCUAGCAAGGAAAAUUCAGGACCAUGAUGGCUCAGUUUCCCACAGCUAUGAAUGGAGGGCCAAACAUGUGGGCUAUUACCUCUGAAGAACGGACUAAGCAUGACAAGCAGUUUGAUAACCUCAAACCCUCAGGAGGUUACAUAACAGGUGAUCAAGCACGUACCUUUUUCUUACAGUCAGGCCUGCCGGCUCCUGUUUUAGCUGAAAUAUGGGCUUUAUCAGACCUGAACAAGGAUGGGAAGAUGGAUCAGCAGGAGUUCUCCAUAGCGAUGAAACUCAUCAAACUAAAGCUGCAGGGCCAACAGUUGCCCGUGGUCCUCCCUCCUAUUAUGAAACAACCUCCUAUGUUCUCUCCAUUAAUUUCUGCUCGUUUUGGAAUGGGAAGCAUGCCCAAUCUGUCCAUGCCUCACUCAUUGCCUCCAGUUGCACCUAUGGCAACCCCCUUAUCCUCUGCGACUUCAGGGACCACCCUUCCUCCCUUAAUGAUGCCUGCUCCCCUAGUGCCUUCCGUUAGCACAUCAUCACUACCAAAUGGAACCGCUGGCCUCACUCAGCCUUUAUCCAUUCCUUAUUCUUCUUCAACAUUGCCUCAUACAUCAUCUUACAGUCUCAUGAUGGGAGGACUCGGCAGCGGUGCUAGUUUACAGAAAGCCCAGUCUCUGAUUGAUUUAGGAUCUAGUAGCUCAACUUCCUCAACUGCUUCACUAUCAGGGAACUCGCCCAAGACCGGGAUCGCAGAGUGGGCAGUUCCUCAACCUUCAAGAUUAAAAUAUCGGCAAAAAUUUAAUAGUCUUGACAAAAGCAUGAGUGGAUACCUCUCAGGUUUUCAAGCUAGAAAUGCCCUUCUUCAGUCAAAUCUUUCUCAAACUCAGCUAGCUACUAUUUGGACCCUGGCUGACAUUGAUGGUGAUGGACAGCUGAAAGCUGAAGAGUUCAUCCUUGCGAUGCACCUCACCGACAUGGCCAAAGCCGGCCAGCCGUUGCCACUGACGUUGCCUCCUGAGCUUGUCCCUCCGUCUUUCAGAGGAGGAAAACAAAUUGAUUCUAUUAAUGGAACUCUGCCUUCAUAUCAGAAAAUUCAAGAAGAGGAACCUCAGAAAAAGUUACCAGUUACUUUCGAGGACAAGCGGAAGGCCAACUACGAGCGAGGGAACGUGGAACUGGAGAAGCGACGCCAAGUGCUGAUGGAGCAGCAGCAGAGGGAGGCAGAACGUAAAGCUCAGAAAGAAAAGGAAGAGUGGGAGCGCAAACAGAGAGAAUUACAGGAGCAAGAAUGGAAGAAACAACUUGAAUUAGAAAAACGCCUGGAGAAGCAGAGGGAGUUGGAGAGACAGCGGGAGGAAGAAAGGAGAAAAGAGAUAGAAAGACGAGAGGCAGCAAAACAGGAACUGGAAAGGCAACGUCGUUUGGAAUGGGAGAGGAUUCGUCGACAGGAACUUCUCAAUCAAAGGAAUAGAGAACAGGAAGAAAUUGUCAGGUUAAACUCUAAAAAGAAGAGUCUUCAUCUCGAGUUGGAAGCAUUGAAUGGCAAACAUCAGCAGAUCUCAGGCAGACUUCAAGAUGUCCGACUCCGAAAACAAACUCAAAAGACUGAGCUGGAAGUUCUAGAUAAGCAGUGUGACCUGGAAAUUAUGGAAAUCAAGCAGCUCCAACAAGAACUUCAGGAUUAUCAAAAUAAGCUUAUCUAUUUGGUACCUGAGAAGCAAUUAUUAAAUGAAAGAAUUAAGAACAUGCAACUCGGUAACACACCUGAUUUAGGGAUUGGUUUGCUUCAUAAAAAAUCACUGGAAAAGGAAGAAUUAUGCCAAAGACUUAAAGAACAAUUAGAUGCUCUUGAAAAAGAAACUGCAUCUAAGCUCUCCGAAAUGGAUUCAUUUAACAAUCAACUAAAGUGUGGGAAUAUGGAUGACUCUGUUCUGCAGUGCCUUUUGUCUCUGCUAAGCUGUCUCAACAACCUCUUCCUCUUACUUAAGGAACUGAGAGAAAGCUAUAAUACACAGCAGUUAGCACUUGAACAACUUCAUAAGAUCAAACGUGACAAGUUGAAGGAAAUUGAAAGAAAAAGGUCAGAGCUAAUACAGAAAAAGAAACUAGAAGAUGAGGCUAUAAGGAAAGCAAAGCAAGAAAAAGAAAACUUAUGGAGAGAAAGUCUUAGAAAGGAGGAAGAGGAAAAACAAAAGCGACUCCAGGAGGAAAAAACACAAGAGAAAGUUCAAGAAGAAGAGCGGAAAGUGGAGGAGAAGCAAUGUAAGGAUAAGGAUAAAAAUAAUAGAUUUGAUUUUUCUGAGACAGAACAAUGAGAGCAAUAAGAAAAAAAGAUUGCUAGUGCUUUGGUAAAUUAUAAAGCAUUGUAUCGCUUUGAAGCCAGGAGCCAUGAUGAGAUGAGUUUUAAUUCUGGGGAUAUAAUACAGGUUGAUGAAAAAACCGUAGGAGAACCUGGUUGGCUUUAUGGUAGUUUUCAAGGAAAUUUUGGCUGGUUUCCAUGCAACUACGUAGAAAAAAUGCCAUCAGGUGAAAAAUCUGUGUCUCCUAAGAAGGCCUUACUUCCCCCUACAGUAUCUGUAUCUGCUACCUCAACUUCUUCUGAAUCACUUUCUUCAAAUCAACCAGCAUCAGUGACUGAUUAUCAAAAUGUAUCUUUUACAAACCUAACUGUUAAUACAUCAUGGCAGAAAAAAUCAGCUUUUACUCGUACUGUGUCCCCUGGAUCUAUAUCACCGAUUCAUGGACAGGGACAGGUUGUAGAAAACCUAAAGGCACAGGCCCUUUGUUCUUGGACUGCAAAGAAAGACAACCACUUGAACUUCUCAAAACAUGAUAUUAUUACUGUCUUGGAGCAGCAAGAAAAUUGGUGGUUUGGGGAGGUACAUGGAGGAAGAGGAUGGUUUCCAAAAUCUUAUGUCAAAAUCAUCCCUGGGAGUGAAGUCAAGCGGGAAGAACCAGAAGCUUUAUAUGCAGCUAUAAACAAGAAACCUACCUCUGCAGCCUAUACAGUUGGAGAAGAGUAUAUUGCACUUUAUUCAUAUUCAAGUGUGGAACCUGGCGAUCUGACUUUCACUGAAGGUGAAGAAAUAUUGGUGACCCAGAAAGAUGGAGAGUGGUGGACAGGAAGCAUUGGAGAUAGAACUGGAAUUUUUCCAUCAAAUUAUGUCAAACCAAAAGAUCAAGAGAGUUUUGGGAGUGCUAGCAAAUCUGGAACAUCAAACAAGAAACCUGAGAUUGCUCAAGUAACUUCAGCAUAUGUGGCUUCUGGUUCUGAACAACUAAGUCUUGCACCAGGACAGUUAAUAUUAAUCCUAAAGAAAAAUUCAAGCGGGUGGUGGCAAGGGGAAUUACAGGCCAGAGGAAAAAAGCGGCAGAAAGGAUGGUUUCCUGCCAGCCACGUUAAACUUUUGGGUCCAAGCAGUGAAAGAACUACACCUGCCUUUCAUCCUGUGUGUCAGGUGAUUGCCAUGUAUGACUAUGGGGCAAAUAACGAGGAUGAGCUGAAUUUCUCCAAGGGACAGCUUAUCAAUGUUUUGAACAAAGAUGAUCCUGACUGGUGGCAAGGAGAAAUCAACGGGGUGACUGGUCUCUUUCCUUCAAACUAUGUUAAGAUGACAACAGACUCCGAUCCAAGUCAACAGUGGUGUGCUGAUCUCCAGAGCCUGGACACCAUGCAGCCAGUGGAGAGGAAGAGGCAGGGCUAUAUUCACGAGCUGAUUCAGACUGAAGAGCGGUACGUGGACGACCUUCAGCUGGUCGUGGAGGUUUUUCAGAAACGGAUGGUGGAGUCAGGCUUUCUCACUGAAGGGGAAAUGGCCUUGAUCUUUGUAAACUGGAAAGAGCUCAUCAUGUCUAACACGAAGCUACUGAAGGCCUUGCGAGUCCGGAAGAAGACUGGAGGAGAGAAGAUGCCCGUGCAGAUGAUCGGGGACAUCCUGGCUGCCGAGCUGUCCCACAUGCAGGCUUACAUCCGCUUCUGUAGCUGUCAGCUUAAUGGAGCAGCUCUGUUACAGCAGAAGACAGAUGAAGACACGGAUUUCAAGGAAUUUUUAAAGAAGUUGGCAUCUGACCCUCGAUGUAAAGGAAUGCCCCUUUCCAGCUUCCUGCUGAAGCCCAUGCAGAGGAUCACCCGCUACCCUCUCCUCAUCAGAAGUAUUCUGGAGAACACCCUGGAGAAUCACAUAGACCAUUCCUCCCUAAAGCUGGCUCUUGAGCGGGCAGAGGAGCUUUGUUCCCAAGUUAAUGAAGGAGUUCGGGAAAAAGAAAAUUCAGACCGGCUGGAGUGGAUCCAGGCGCAUGUUCAGUGUGAAGGUCUUGCAGAGCAACUUAUCUUCAACUCCCUCACCAACUGCCUGGGACCCCGGAAGCUUCUGCACAGUGGGAAAUUAUAUAAGACCAAGAGCAAUAAGGAGCUACAUGGAUUCCUCUUCAACGACUUUCUGCUCCUGACCUACAUGGUCAAGCAGUUUGCUGUUUCCUCAGGCUCUGAGAAGCUUUUCAGCUCUAAGUCCAAUGCCCAGUUCAAAAUGUAUAAAACGCCCAUUUUCCUGAAUGAAGUCUUGGUGAAACUGCCCACAGACCCUUCCAGCGAUGAGCCUGUCUUCCACAUUUCUCACAUUGACCGGGUCUACACCCUCCGAACAGACAACAUUAACGAGAGGACUGCCUGGGUCCAGAAGAUCAAGGCGGCAUCCGAGCAGUACAUUGACACGGAAAAGAAGAAACGGGAGAAAGCUUAUCAAGCUCGCUCUCAAAAGACUUCAGGCAUUGGGCGUCUGAUGGUGCAGGUCAUCGAAGCUACAGAAUUAAAAGCCUGUAAACCGAAUGGAAAGAGCAAUCCAUACUGUGAAAUCAGCAUGGGCUCCCAGAGCUAUACGACCAGGACCCUCCCGGACACGCUCAAUCCCAAGUGGAAUUUUAACUGCCAGUUCUUUAUUAAGGAUCUCUACCAAGACGUGCUGUGUCUCACCAUGUUUGACAGGGACCAGUUUUCACCAGAUGAUUUCCUGGGUCGUACUGAGGUUCCAGUGGCAAAAAUUCGCACAGAACAGGAAAGCAAAGGCCCCACAACCCGCCGACUCCUGCUGCACGAGGUCCCCACGGGGGAGGUCUGGGUCCGCUUUGACCUACAGCUUUUUGAGCAAAAAACUCUCCUGUAGGGACCUCAGGGAUCUGCCCAAAAGGCUGGGGCUAGAGCCAGAUGGACGGUGCCGCACCUGGGCCGAAGGAGCACCACCGGCUUCAUCCAUCGUGGGCCACGCAUGCCGGGGCUAUUUUCUUGCACACUAAAUUGCUAGCAAUCUAUGCAAACAUGAUCUUUCCUAUAAAUAAACCAAACCCAUAGCACAGUGCCUUGUAUUAGUGUUAACAUCUUUGGCUGUUUUUAGAUGCCAGGGUUUCCAUUUUCAGGGCUAUAAAAAGUAUUAAGUGGAAAUGAGGCAUCAGAACACCAGACGCUACCCCAUGGUCGAACGUGCCCAGGGCGGGUGGUUCUGGUGAUGCUGUAGUACCCCGUGCCGGGGGCCUGUGUCGGGCCACAGGUGCUCAGGAGGUGGCGGACCGGGAAGGGUCGGCACAGCCUCAGGCUGAGGUCUGUCUACUCUGUGCACUGAAUGAAAACACAGACUUGAUCAUUUUAUUCCCGAUUAGAUUGUAUCAUCUCUGCUGAGACAAUAGAGUUUGAAAUGUAAAGGGGAAAGCUUGAUUUACUUUAAAUACUGUGAACUCUAAUGAUAUGGAAAUAUUUUUCAACUUUAAUUUUCUGAAGUAUAAAUUAUUUAUGUAAAUUCCUCGUUUUGCCUAUUUCAUAGGACAUGCAUCUUUAAGCUUUAUCAUUGCCAAUAUGUACAGAAAGAAUAAAAAUAUAAGUUUAUGAAUGUAA